AUGGCAGUAGAAUCUCUUCCAGGUCGGCCGGGGACGUUGACCCCAGCAGAGGAGGAGAAGCUGCGAGAACUGUGGAUCGCAACACUUCAAGUCUUCGGUAUAUUGGAUGCGCAGGAGGCUGCAGAACCCGCAAAUGGCACCGCUAAAACAGACGCAAAGAAGUCAAAGAAGAAGAGGAUGUCUCUUUUCCGCAGAGGGCAUAAGGACGAGGACACGAGCUCCACAACAUCAACUGAAUCUGGUUCACGUGUACCCUCCGGUUCAGGCGAUUCGGACGAUAAAUAUGGGCAGACGAAAGAAUUUCAAGAAGCGUUGGCAAAUCUAUCUCCAGAGGCAAUCCGGGCGGCUUUCUGGAGCAUGGUAAAGCAUGAUCAUCCAGAUGGUCUCCUUCUACGAUUUCUAAGAGCGAGGAAGUGGGAUGUCGAGAAAGCCUUGGUUAUGAUGGUCUCUACCAUGAGGUGGAGGUCGGGUGAGAUGCAUGUAGAUGACGAUAUUAUGUUGAAUGGAGAACUCGCUGCUGUCCUGGAUGCAAAUGGAACUGAUCCCGAGAAAAAGAAAGCCGGGAAUGACUUCAUGUCACAAAUGCGCAUGGGGAAAAGCUUUUUGCACGGUUUGGAUAAAGAAGGAAGACCUAUGUGUUUCGUCCGAGUCCGUUUCCACAAGCAAGGGGAACAAGCCGAGGAGGCCCUGGAGAGAUACACUGUCUUCGUGAUUGAGUCUGCACGCCUGCUCUUGGCUCCUCCUGUUGACACAGCUUGUGUUGUUUUUGAUAUGACUGGCUUUUCAAUGGCCAACAUGGACUAUGCACCUUUAAAGUUCAUAAUAAAAUGCUUCGAAGCAAACUACCCAGAAAGUCUCGGGGUUGUUCUAGUUCAUAAAGCUCCAUGGGUAUUCCAAGGUAUCUGGAAGAUUAUCAAAGGUUGGCUCGAUCCUGUAGUAGCCAGCAAGGUGCACUUCACAAACAGCAACCAAGAAAUGGAGCAAUUCGUCCCCGCGUCCAACAUUAUCAAAGAGCUCGACGGUGACGAAGAUUGGGCAUACAAAUACAUUGAGCCUGUACCAGGCGAAAAUGACGCUAUAAAGGACACCGAGACGAGGGACAAAUUACUUGCUGAGCGCCAGAAUCUCAUUAAGGAAUAUGAAAAUGUAACUCUGGAUUGGAUUCGCGGCAAGGAAACAAAUCCGGAAAUAAUCAAGGCCACAAGAAAUGAACUGGCCAAUAAAUUGAGGGACGAUUAUUGGAGACUCGAUCCAUUUAUUCGUGCGAGGUCGUAUUACGAUCGUAUUGGGAUGAUCAAUCCUGGAGGACGGAUCCAAUUCUACCCUGGGAAGACACCCGCAUCUCAGGGCCCGAGCUCAGCGACUCCUAACGGUGUUAAGCCCGUUGAGACCUCUGAGAAUGAUUUAGAUUAG